ACUUACCUAGUCAUGUUAACGGAACGUGCUAAGGGCUAAAUGACCUUACUGUACUGCCAGACGUUCCUGCGAUUAAGUCGCCUUUAUAGCGAUAAUCAUGUGCAAACUUUUAAAUGUGCAGUGAGGAAACGCAAGCGUUGUGUAGACACGCGACACUUUGGCAGGCCAAACCCACACUAACCGAAAGCAGGACACAAAUAAUCAAUUCCGCAUACCAGUAUCCCAUACUUGAAUCUUUAAAACAUUAUGAUCCACGCAAUAGGAUGACAGCUAUGGAACUGGCCGAGGGCGCAAAGGAAAAGGCGAUUAAAGUACAAUUUAUCCACGAAUUGCUGAGUAUUGGAGAACUAUAUAGACAGACGAGGUUCGGGAAGUGGAAGUCCAUGAUCGAUCGCGGUCUAGAAACCUUUGCGAAAACCCACCCAAAUACGUUUUUAAGACGCACAAAUAGGGGUAUACCUCAGGAGUUUAGAUGGGAAAUAUGGAAAGUUGCUCUCAAGUAUCAGCAUUACGCAUCCGAGCUCGAAGAUCUGUAUGAAUCGUACUCCGCAAAGGAAAAUGAGUACUUGUCUAUCAUAAAUAUUGAUGUACCAAGGACUUUUCCUGAACUAAAAGUAUUUGAUAAAGAGGCACAGGAUCAGUUAUAUCGCAUUUUGUCAGCAUACGGAAAUUAUCAACCGGAGAUUGGCUAUUGCCAAGGAAUGAAUUUUGUUGCAGGAUUACUGCUCUUGGUCAGUGGAUUUAAAGAGAAGGAAUCCUUUAUCGGAUUUGUUGGUCUCAUGAAUGAGCUAAAACUUGCUGAAUUUUAUAAACCUGCCUUUCCAAUGGUGAAGGAUUAUAUUUCGGCAUAUGAAACUCUGAUUAAGGAUGUAACACCAGAGCUGCAUAUUCAUAUUAAAAGAGAAGAUGUAUCACCAGCGGUAUUCUUGCAUCAAUGGUUCCUUACAUUAUUUGUCGCGAGCUUACCUCUCAGAUCUGUUGUUGCACUUUGGGAUUACAUGCUAUUUAAUGGACUUUCUAGUUCCCUAACCGUAGCUUUGGCUCUGACAUGUCUCCUCGCCCCGCAGCUCAUGAAGCUCAAUUUUGAGGGUAUACUGAGCCUGUUGAAGGACAUGAAAUCUAUGGACAGCAAGGAUGAUAUAAGAAUUGGUAGAGUCAUAGUCAACAAGGCUCACAAGAUUGCGUCUGAUAAAGGAGGUAUUGACGAGUUCUUAAGCAAGGCUAUACUGAAGUAAUAAUCGCACCAGGUUAUACCUGCACGUUUACUAUCGGCGACCCUGGGAAAAAGGCUCCGUGUUUCACAAUCAUUAUAUUAAAAUUUACAAGUGGUUUGUAUUAUCUAUCAUUCUCCAAGGUCAAAUGGGGACUAAUCACGGAAUUCUCCAUUAACACGGCAAUUGUUUCUUAACUAAAUGUUUAUUAU